AUGAUGCGGUACGCCUUGAUGAAGCGAGACGAGUUCGUGAGCCACGUCAUCGACGAGGCCUGCAGCGGCCUGGGUACCAACGAAUCCCUGCUGAUAGAUGUGCUAGCGCCCCUGAACAACGAUGAGAUCGCCGCCGCGAAAGCUCACUGGGAGGCCAAGAACGACGAGUCCCUGGUAGACAAGCUCAACUCCGAGAUAAGGGGGGGGUUGAGGGAGCUAAUCGUUGGCCUUCUUACCGGAAAACGAGGGGAAAGCGAGGAGGCGGACGAGGCGCUGGCUGAGGAACAAGCUACCAAGCUCUACGACGCGGGCGUGGGCAAAUUCGUGGGAACUGACGACGAGGUGUUUAUCGACAUCAUCGGAACGUCCCCGUCGGUGCAGAUACAAGCCAUCAAAACCAAAUACGAGGAAGCGCAGGGGAUGUCCCUCCACAAGGCCAUCUCCAAAGAGUUUCGCGGUGACCUCAAGGCAGUCCUUCAGGUGAUGGAAGGCUGUGUUGUUAUCUUGACCAUGUCGGACGAGUUUGCUACAGGCUUCAAUCAGACAUUGACAGGUUACCUACAUGUUGUUUCGGUUUCAACACAGGCGGCCAUUUGCCGCGUUUUGGGAGGCAACGACAAGGGACGGCUGUCUAUCAUCUCUGAAAGGUUCACCGAGAAGUACGACACGACCCUUCACGACAUGGCUUCGUCCGAGCUCCGGGGGCAUUUUCAGAUCGCCGUCUCGCUCUGGGUGGACGCCACCGCCGACCCUACCUUUGGGGCAGAACAGCAACUCGUCGAUCUGCCUGAGGGGGAGGAUCAAGAUGAGAAGCGGUUGAAGCUGUUGGAAGAGGAGAACGACGGAUUGAAGACCUACAUCGCAAAGGUUGACGCGGAGCAGAUAUGGCGUGCGUGCAAAGGGAUGGGUACGAACGAGGGCCGCGUGAUCGGCAUCAUCUGCACCAGGACCAAGAGUCAGGUGGAGAGGAUCGACGAGAUGUACCGCACGAUGUACGGGAUGACCCUGAGGGAGCAACUGGAGAAGGAUCUAAGCGGCGACCUCAAGACAUUCAUGGUCUACACGCAGAUGGAAACGCAGGAAUUCGAUGCUCUCCUCAUGAAGAAGGCAAUGGCCGGUAUCGGCACAGACGAAGACAUCAUGAUCAUGCUGCUCACCACGAGGGACAACGCGGCCAUCGCCGCGGCGCAGACUUACUACGAAGGCCGUUACGACGAGAGCCUCGUCGACAAGAUCAGCUCCGAGAUGUCAGGGGCUUUCCGGGACCUUCUCCUGGUGCUGCUGAGGGGAGAGAGGGACGAGUCCGCAGAGGAGGGAGACCCGGAAGCGGCGGAGGCACAGGCGGAAACACUGCAUGACACCGACGACAAAAACACCACUUUUGUGGAGGUCCUGGCCAAGUCUUCCAGAGCACAGGUGGCCUGUAUCAGGAAGGCCUACGAGGACAAGUACGGCCGUUCUCUGGCCAAGACGAUCGAGAAAAAGUUCUUUGGGAAGAUGGAGGAUGCCCUGCUGUCGCUCCUAUUCGACCCCAUCGAGAAUUUCGCCAGAGGGCUGAAGGCCGCCUUCCACGGCCUGGGCACGGACAAGGAUGCCGUGUGCCGCAUCCUGGGCGGCAACGACAAGCAAACGUGCCGUUUGAUUGCUGAACGGUUCGAGCAGAAGUACGACCAGUCGCUUGUUGACGCCCUCAAGGACGAGCUCCGAGGAAAAUUCGAGAAAGGUACCGUCGCAUGGGUUUCUGCCAUCGACCCCGCGGCCGGCAAAGAAGGUUUCCGGAUCGCGAGGGAGCCGAGUGAGCAGGAAGACCAGGAGGAGGAAGAGGUGGAGGAGGGAGAGAUAGAGACGCCACGCAAGGGAGGGCAACCCGAGGAAGAGCAGGAAGAGGAAGAAGGCGAAGAACAGCCGGAGGAAGAACCUGAGGAAGGAGAGGAAGAGCCGGACGAAGGAGAGGAGGAGGAAGACGAGGAAGAAGAAGAAGAAGAGGAACCAGACGAGGAGGAGGAGGAAGAAGCAAGGAAGGAGCGCCAGGCGGCCAAAAGGGCUGCCAAGAGGGAAAAGGCCAAGCGGAUGCGGGCUAGAAUGGCCAGGGCCAAGCGCCAGGCCGAGGCGGAGGAAAAGAGGAAGGAAAAAGCCAAGCAGAGGAGGAUGUUCGCUCAGAGGGUGAAAAAGAUGGCCAAAGCUUCGCGCGAGCAGGUGGUGUUUGCUGAGGAAAGGUGGGAGAGAGAAGCAGAAACGGCUCUCUAA